UAGUAUAAAAUUAAUUCGAACAUAUAUAACCGUCUCCCUCAAUACUCGACCUCUGUUCCCAACUCUGCAGCGACUCCUCCGCCAUGAAUGGCCACGCGAAAGCUCAAAACACAGACGCCUUCCUCCUUAAUUACGACGACAACGAAGUCCGGAUCGCCUCCGAAUUCUUGUCCAAUUGGCUGCCUUUCUUAGCCCGCGGCCUCUGCAAAUCCUGCACGCACACCAUCUCCCACCGAAUCCGAUCUCUCCGUUCAGAACGGGAUGCUACUGUAUCUACACCAAGUAUUGAUGCAAAUCACUGUAAGGAAGAUUUGGGUGACUGCACUGCCGGGAGUGCGAACGGCAAUGCAGAUAACUAUGAUGAUGAUGAUGAUGAUGAUGAUGAUAAUACACAUUCAUUGGGUAGUUGGAAGGAUGAGGCUGAUCGAUUUACAGAACCAUUAAACUCGCCAGCACGACAGACAAGACCUAUGUUGAAAAAGUCCUGGGCGGAUAUGGCUAUGGAGGAUGAGGUUAUGGCAGGAGAAGACAAUUAUGAGAGCAAUGGGCUUGCUGAUGCGAAUGAUUCUUUUCCGGAGGUAACUUCUGUGGCUGAAGCUAAGCCAAAGGUGGCAUUGUCGAGGGAUCAGAGAGAAUGCAUUAGGUUCUAUCGCGUCGAAAGGAAAAAGGACUUUCUAUGUUUGGAAAGGAUCAACGGGAAGCUUGUCAACAUACUGGAGGGGCUGGAGCUACACAAAGCUAUCUUCAGUGCAGCAGAACAGAAGAGGAUUGUCAGUUAUGUUGAACAGCUAGACGAGAUGGGAAAAAAGGGCCAGUUGAAAGCACGCACAUAUACUGCUCCUCAGAAGUGGAUGAGGGGGAAGGGGCGCAUUACUCUUCAAUUUGGUUGCUGUUACAACUAUGCCACAGACAAAAAGGGCAAUCCACCAGGCAUUCUCAAGGCCGAAAUUGUCGAUCCGUUGCCCCAUUUGUUCAAGGUCAUGAUCAAAAGGCUUGUGCGGUGGCAUGUUUUGCCUCCUUCUUGCGUGCCUGAUAGCUGUAUUGUGAAUAUCUACGAAGAAGGGGACUGUAUACCGCCUCAUAUUGAUAAUCAUGAGUUUGUUAGGCCAUUCUGUACAGUCUCAUUUCUUAGCGAGUGUGAUAUACUUUUCGGUUCGAACUUAAAAAUAGUGGGCCCUGGUGAGUUUGAAGGUUCUCAUGCGAUUCCCCUGCCACUUGGAUCUGUUCUUGUAUUAAAAGGAAACGGAGCUGAUGUGGCUAAGCAUUGUGUCCCAGCUGUCCCUUCCAAAAGGAUAUCGAUUACCUUUAGGAGAAUGGAUGACACUAAAAGGCCAAUUGGGUAUACUCCGGAACCAGAUUUGCAAGGGCUUCAACCAUUGAUGGAUGAAGAGGAAAGAUCUAGCAAGGAUAAUGCUUCAAGAGACAGACAUAUUUCGAGAAGGCCAGCAGACGGAGGAGAACCUAUGGUAGUAGAUAGGGGAAGAGGAUUGGCUUCAGAAAAUCCAAAGUCCCGUCAUUCAGGCCGAACAAGACAAGGUCCUCCAUAUAGGAGAAGGCUCCAGUCUAAUCAGGAACAUUGACGAGUUAACGAUAUAUUACAGUUAGUUACUGGAUUUCAAGAGUCUUAAAUAUAUUUCUCAACCUAUCUGUUGAGCAAAGCUUUGCACCAUUCAUCAGGCUCAGAUGAAUAGUUGAAUUCGAACUUACAGAGCUGGCUGGGAUGUAAGAAAACCGGUACAGCUAUUCAAGAGGAAAAUUCAUUGAAGAUUAUUUUUCAAUUUUUUAUACAUUUGCAUGUAUUUGAGAAUGAUCAACCUGUAUAUUUCAUUUUUUGAGUUGGAAUUUUUCAAGGCUGUGUUAGCUUUCAGUAUAAAUGAGUAUUAGUGAUUUUUCAGUAUAAAUGAGUAUUAGCUUUCAGUAUUAGUGUUUGUUGGCUAUGGAUGUUAUGCAUCAAUGUAUGAUACUGCACUAAACAUGCUAAUUAUUGUUCCUCUAUUCAUGAAAAAAGUAAUCUCAUUUUUUUUUA